GUCGUGACCUCAUCAGCCAUCCGCUCGCUCUGCCCGCAACUAGCUCCUGAUCACCGACUUACCUCCUAAAAAAUCGCGUCACCUCCUCGCAAAGAAUACGGCUUUGCGGCGUGACUGGGUGUUCAACUUCGCAUUUGUACUGGGGCAUCUGGAGCAAUUCACAAGCUGUGAGGUCGAUGUGGCUCACGCCCGGCACCAUUUUGCGACGUUUGCCGUGGACAUCCUGCUGGACCCUUUCGGAGAGCUCGGCGGCCUGGAAGUGGUGGCACGGCGGCGACAUUAUCGCAAGAAAUGGAGGCGGCAAUGGGAGCGCGGAUCUUGGGUGAGGUCGAAGAGAUGAGUCUGGAGGAGAUACUCGAUACAAUUCGAACGUCCCUAGGCAGCGCAGCAACCAAGACACCGCUCAAAACGACCCAUCUGCCAGCCCUCGACGAGAUCGCAGCACGGCAUUUUCGGGCAACACAGGCACCUACUCUCGCCCUCCAUGGACGUCAUCUUCCACUCCUCUACAAGCUUACCUCAACGCUGGUGGCACCUCCACAUAGCUAUGCCCUGUUGGUGAUUGAUCUAGAAGGGCGCUUCGACGCUACGCGGUUGACUUGCCCGGAGAUGGACGCCCGCCACAUCUACAUUCACCGUCCGUCACGGCCAAGCUCAUACGGCACCAGUCCCGCAGAAGGCGACGGCGACCACAACAGCAACGGGACCACCAGCGCCGACCAUCUACGGGCGCUGGUCGCCGAGGCCGGCAACUUCAUGCUCUAUGGCGCCGCAGCCGCGCCGAGUGCGUCUCGCCAGUGGUGGGGCACGAUUGUAGUUGGAGGCAUGGGGGCCGGGCAGGUUGUCGCAGGAUGGAAGGGCUGGCUGCGCAUAUCUCGCGAGGAAACGCCUGGGUUUGCGCUGGGCACGAGUGCUGAGGAGGCUCUCACACGGCGCUCGGCGCGGCAGAGCGUUGUCGAGGCAGCCGGCUGGAUAGCGGAGUCUCAAUGGGGAGACUUUGUCUUCCGAGAGGAGAAGGUUCAGGAUCGAUUGCACGGUGAUUCAGACAAGGAACACCCGAGAUUGGCGCAGGAACAAAGGUGAACGAUCUCGAUGGGCUCGGGCAUAGGAUAUGUGCAUACCCGACCUUU